CUUCAACUGCAAAUUAGGAUUCAUUAUGGAAAGCAAUAAAGAGAUGAUAAAUAACAUAAAAUACUUGGUGAAGAAACUCACAACUUCUGGCAAAGAGGAAUUAAAUGAAUCACUGUUCAAGAAAUUAAAAAGCAUAUGUAAAUUAUCUGAUUUUUAUGUAGAAAAAUUGUAUGAGUUUCUUUUUCAGCAGUUUGCCAUGAAACAUGCAGAAAUUCGUUAUAGCUGUUUCCAAAUUUGUGAUGAAAUUUUUAGAAAAUCACAUCAUUUUCGGAUCUUAACUCUAGAAAAUUUCAGCAAUUUAGUUGAUCUUGUGCUUGGUAAGAGCCCGAAAGAACCUGGAAUAAAGCCAAUUGAGGUCUGGAAGAAAUUGAAAAAGAAGGCUAUCUGUUCAAUAAAGCAGUGGCAUGACAAAUAUGGGCAUUCAUAUCAUGAGCUUGUACUAGGAUUGGAAUACAUGAUGAAAAGAAAAAAUGUUGAUUUUGAAACAAUGACUGCAAUGAGUCGACAGGAGAGGGAGCAAGAAGAUGAGAGAAUACGCACUCUUGAAAUGACCAAAUCCAAAAAAAUUGAAAAUGUUAGGAAAUCUUUGAUAGAAAAUGAAGUCCAAUUAAGAAAAGAUUUAUUGUCUUUCAGAAAUUGUUUCAAACUCCUCAUACCAGAUGUGAAUGAAUUCUUCAUUCCUCUAUCUGAUGAUGGCAUGGUGAAUGACAAGUCUAGUCAUUCCUCUGAAACAGUCACCAAGUUGCCAUGUGAUGUACCUACUCCUCCACUUUCCACAUUUGAUUUGGAACUUCCGGGAACCACAGCAAAAUUUGAUGAAGUAAAUGCUGCUGUCUCCUCUGAAUCCAGUGAAGGAUCUACUGACCUCUAUGGGUCUGAUUAUGUACGCAGUGCUGGUAUCCUCAAGGAUACCUGCAUCAAAAUUGAUCUUUCUGCCAUCAAGCAAAUUCAUGAAACACCCGACAACCAAAGUGUUGUGGAGAACCUCAAAGACUUGAUAAAUAUUUUGAGCACUCUUUGGCUCCCAAAGCUGAAAUCUCUUCAUCAGUCAAUCCUGCCAUAUGCUGAGAGCUGUACAGAAAUCCUCAGGCAACUAAUUACGCUUAAAAACUCUGUGGAUUCAGCCAUUGAACUAUACACAUCUGUCACCAUUAUUCCACUAAGUAAAAAGCUUUACAAGUCUGCAGCUAACUUAGACCACAAUCCUAGAUCAGUUUCAGAUGAUGAAGAUGAGGAUGAUGAUUUUAUUGAAGUUACCGACGAUGAUCCUCGGGUGUCCAAUGCCCAGCAUUCUGAAGCUGAACUCCUUGGAUUGCUUGACAACUUGGCCACCUCAAAGCUCAAUGGAUGGGUGUCAGAUUUUGGUGCUGGACCAUCUGGCUUGGCAGCCGGCAAUGUGGCUGUUCACGCUGGUGCUGACAAUUACAAAUCUAAAAACACUAAAGACAAUCAGCCAUCAAAUGUUCAGUGUGAUGCCAAGUCUCUUACACCUGAAAGCUUCACAGGAAAGUGGAAGCCACCUACUCUGCAUGUUAACCCACUAGCUGGACUGAAUCAGGUGUGGGUGAGUCGUGAUGAGGAAGUGUACAGCUCCAGCCUGCUGGGUAGUGGUGUGCUGGGCAUAGCAACUACAGCA